CUUCUGUCAUGUAUAAAAGUCCACAUCUCACACCACUGAACCAAAGCCACCAACUCUCCAUACAAGAUGAGUCUCUCUGACAAGGAUAAGUCUACAGUCAAGGCCUUCUGGGGCAAGGUCUCUGGCAAGGCUGAUGACAUGGGUGCUGAUGCCCUGAUCAGGCUGUUCUCGGCGUACCCUCAGACCAAGACCUACUUCUCUCACUGGAAGGAUCUUAGCCCAAAGUCCCCUCAAGUGAGGAAGCACGGAAAGACUGUGAUGGGAGGAGUUGCUGACGCUAUCAGCAAAAUUGAUGACCUGACAAACGGACUUGUGACCCUGAGUGAGCUGCAUGCCUUCACCCUGCGUGUGGACCCCAGCAACUUCAGGCUUCUGGCCCACUGCCUCAUGGUUGUCUUUGCCAUCAACUUCCCAACUGACUUCAGCCCUGAGGUCCAUGCAUGUGUUGACAAGUUCCUGCAGGCUUUGGCCCGUGCACUGUCUGAGAAGUACCGGUAAACUGGAGAAGACAGCAGCAGAUCUGAAUACCCUGUCAGUCUGUAUACCAUAAAAAUAAAUGAGCAAAUGCA